CACCACUCCAUCAACAAAACCUGAUAGAGAUGUCAACUAGAGACGAAAUUUUGGAUCAAAUUGAAUCCUUACAAAACCUUCUUGAUGAUGGUAUCAUGGACGAAGAACAAUUCUCUGCUGCCAAAGAUAAACUCCUCAAGAAAUUAGAAGAACUCGAAAAUGAAGAAGCUGAAGCCAAUCACCACAACGAUGAAGAUGAUUAUCCACCACGUGGUGCUAGUUCUCGUAAUAAUAGAGGAGGAGAUGAUGAAGAAGAAGGUGAUCCAUACGCAGAUGCCUACGGUGAUGAAGAUAUUGCAGGAGCAGGUGCUGAAGGUGAUGAUGUUGUUGAAUCAUACUUGGAUACUCACGAAAGAUUGUUGGCCACCAUGAAGAAUACAAAGGCUAAUGAACAAACUAGAUGGGGAAAGUCAGGUCAAAUUUAUGAUGAAAACAAACUCACUUGGGGUAGUUAUUUGGACACUCACGAAAAGGACUCAUCCAGCAGAAAGGAAACCAAAUUCCGUUCUGGUGCUCAAUGGGGUAAAAGUGCUGAUGUUGUCUAUGAUGAAACCAAGUUGACAUUCGGUUCUUAUCUCAAGAGUGAAGAAGAAAAGAAGAAGAAGAUUGAAGAAGAAGAAGCCAAAAAGAAGAUGGAAACCAUUGAUGCUAUUAAGAAGAAGAAGGAUGGUGAAUUCUUAGAUCCAAGAAAUGCCAAGUUCAAGCUUGAAGAACUGCAAGGAAAGUUCCCUAAGGGAGUUGAUCCAAUUAAGAAGGAACUCUACUUGUCUUCUGAAGAUUUCAAAAAGCACUUUGGCAUGACAUUGACUGAAUAUGUUAAAUUGGGUGCUUUCCAAAAGAAGAAGCUCAAGAAGCAACUUGAUUUGUUCUAAAUUGACUUCAAUGAUUCCAAAUCAUUUCUUAUAUCAACCUUGUUUAUCACUCAGGGUUUUCACAAAUUGUACAUUUUUUCAAGUUUUGUUAAUUAUUUCUAUUAUUCAAUUCAAAUCAUUGAAUUUGACAAGUUAUUUAAUGACAUUGUGAUAUUUCAAUAAAUGAAAUGUCAUGUAAAAUUAUAAAUU